AUGGCCAAACUUCCGGUACUUGCACGCAGUGCCAUCAGGAAGCCUAACGAAAGCAUGAGGCUUAUUGUAGUAACGAUCGUUGGUGCGGUCUUUGGUUUCUUUAUCAGAAUCUCGUUCCCAACAGUUAGCAUAACAAAGCUUCACUUUCCAUCUAGCAUCGUCUCCUACAUAGAGGACAAGAACUCAGGCCUCUCAGCUCAAGCUAUACUUAAUCAUGCUUGGACUGCGGCCAGGAACGCAAGGGGAAAUGGCUCUGAACCAAUCUCAAGUGACAACUUCAAGAUUUAUGUACCAACAAACCCCAGGGGCGCCGAGAGCCUAGCACCUGGUAUUGUUGUACCAGAGUCUGAUUUUCAUCAGCACAGGUUAUGGGGAAACCCAGAUGAGGAUCUACCCUUCAAGCCAAAGUACCUUGUUACUUUCACUGUUGGCAUUUCACAGAAAGAUAACAUAAAUAGGGCUGUCAAGAAGUUUUCAAAUGAUUUUGCAAUCCUGUUGUUUCACUAUGAUGGCCGGGUGACUGAAUGGGAUGAAUAUGAGUGGUCAAAGCGAGCUAUCCAUGUAAGCGCCCGGAAACAAGCAAAAUGGUGGUAUGCUAAAAGAUUCUUGCACCCUGAUAUCGUGGCAGCCUAUGAGUAUGUAUUUAUCUGGGAUGAGGACCUUGGAGUUGAUCAUUUUAACGGAGAUGAGUACAUUAAACUUGUCAAGAAAUAUAGACUAGAAAUCUCACAACCUGGUUUAGAGCCAGAUAGGGGAUUGACAUGGCAGAUGACCAAGAGAAGAGGGGAUCGUCAGGUUCAUAUGGUUACAGAGGAGAGAGAAGGCUGGUGCUCUGAUCCUCAUGUUCCUCCGUGCGCUGGGUUUGUUGAAAUAAUGGCUCCAGUUUUCUCCAGAGAUGCAUGGAGAUGUGUCUGGCAUAUGAUUCAGAAUGACCUAGUUCAUGGAUGGGGUCUCGAUUUUGCUCUCCGGAAAUGUGUGGAGCCUGCUCAUGAGAAAAUCGGUGUCGUUGAUUCCCAAUGGAUUGUACACCAAGUGGUUCCUUCUCUCGGGAACCAGGGGCAGUCGGAGAAUGGGAGGGCACCAUGGGAAGGGGUAAGAGAGCGUUGCCGGAAAGAAUGGGGACUCUUCCAGACAAGAAUGGCAGAAGCUGAGAAAGCAUAUUACGAGAUGAUGGGAGUUACUCCUCCGAAUGUAACAUUUGUCUCCUAA